UAUUGGACCAUGCAUUAAUUCCUCUCUCUCCUUCGUCGAAGAAAUGCAUGCCUUCUCUCUUUCCUCCGUUGAUGAAUCUUCUGAAGAAACGCAGGCCUUCUUCGUCUCCCACAUCGCAGCGAUCGAUCUGCGGAGGAGUUAUCUGUUCAUUUACCGAUUCUCUAGCCUGUGAGCGAUGGAUUCUACUUUUGCUCUCGUCGUCAAGGUGAGUUAUGGAGGUGUGCUUAGGCGAUUCAGGGUGCCUGCCAAAGCUAAUGGACAGCUUGAUCUUGACAUGGCUGGUCUUAGAGGAAAGAUCGCUGCUCUGUGUAACCUCCUUGAUGAUGGUUUCUCUCUGACUUACUCUGAUGAAGAUGGGGAUGUGGUGGCUCUAGUUGAUGACAAUGACCUCUUUGAUGUCACAAAUCAGCGCCUUAAGUUCUUGAAGAUCAGUGUGCAGUUGAACAAUGGUAUGACGACUAACUCUAUUGCUACGGAGAGAAGUGGGAGUUCAUCAGCUUCGGGCAUGCCUGAUAGCCAAAACCAGGUUGUUAUAAUCCAGAAGGAUAUAAAUGAGGUUAUGAUGGCUGUUCCUAACCCGAUGCGUGAUACUAUUACAAAUGUGUAUAUUGACCUUACUUCUAAGGCACCGUCUUCUAGUCCUGUAGUUGGUGAGCUAUUUGAUUGCAUCUCCAAGCUAGGGAAACUCUCUAUUCCUCAAGAAGUUUUGCAGGUGUAGCCAAGUCAAAAAGCAGACCACAUGUGACACAAGAAGACAUUCUGUACGUGAAGAGGACAAGAAGAAAAAGAAGCUUUACAGCUUGUGAGUGGUGGCCAACAUUUGACAAGUUCUGUUUCAAUUUUCUCUUUAUAAGCUAUGCAAUUUUGAUCGAUGUUAUGAACAAACAAUUUCUAUUUUCCUCUUCCGUGUGUAUUGUGUUUCUCUUUACCAUUUCAACAAACCAUUUCUUUUUUCCUC